GCCACGGACGCUUUCUGUUCCCGGAAAUAUAACCACAAUAACUGGAUAGCGUACAGCACUGAUUGAUUAACGGAACGAUUUGAUCGCUCGAUAACAAGGAAACGUGAUUUCUGACAGAAAGGCUGCUUAUGAAACUGCGCGGCUGUUUCAAAAACUGCUCAGGUGACAUCGACAGAUAAGCUGUCCGUGACAGUCAUUAACGUUAUAUAAUUAGAUUACGUGGUGACAUGUUUGCUGUUGAAUUGUCACGGUUUACUGUUUUGUUAUCGCUACAAAUACCUUUCGUUGACACAUGUCAACAAUGAGUGACUGCAAAUGACGCUGGUCAUUUUCCCCUACCCAUCACGGAUUAACAUAUAGUCGAAACGAAUAUAAAGGAGCUUGUUACAGAGCAGUAUGGAGUGGCCGGCGGAUUUUCCAGAAGACCAUGCUUUUGUGGAGUUGCUGGUUCCUGGGGUUUCUAGUGAGCUGGACUUUGAACAGCUCCUAAAAGACACAGAAGAGAAACUCAAUCUCAAUGCCAACAGCAUUGAACAGCAGCUGAAGGAGGUCCAGGCCAAAAUGGGAGACUCCCGGACAGGGGAGCGUCCGCUGAGCCCUACAGAGUGCCUGCAGUGGUUCAAUCUCAGAACACACAACAGUUUCAGGCCUGUUGCCACAGGACAUCAAGAGCUCAUGGACUUCUUCAGAGCUUUGAACCAGUACCUGAGGUCUGAAGAGGAGGGGAAAGAGGAGGUGACACUUCAACUACUGCUGAAUAUGUCUUCCCAGUGUGGUGUCUGCUUUCCUUGCACCCCUUCGUCUUCUUCAUCCUCCUCUCUUCAUCCUCAAGUGACUGCUUCCACUAUCCACUUGUUACAUACAGUCAGAGAUGAUGCUUCAUUAGAGAUCCAAGAGGCGUGGGAUCAUGUGCGUCUCUGGCUGCGUCGCCACCUGCUGGACCGACUGUCUUCCCGCAGCCCAGAGUAUCGUGGACCCAUACAUAUUUCCAGUUUGUCCAUCCCUGAACAGGUCCACUGUCUGCAACAGCUGCUCUUUCUUUACCCAGAGUCUGAGGUGUUCAAACAUUACCAGAACCUGAGAAGCCAGUCUGUGCUGGAUCUUCUGCUCGCUGCCCUGAGCUCAAGCCCAAUUGGUGAGACUGGUUUUGACAGACUGGCUACAGGCUUCCGCUCUGUGGUCCCAGCUUUGACCCAAGCCCUCACAGAGGAGCUCCAUGUCCUUUCAAGACUAACAGAACCACAGACCAUCCUGGGUUUCCUUAAUGUGGCAUACCUCAGCACUGUGGCCAGAGAACUGGCCUCCCUGAUGGAGAGAGAAUGUGAAACGGCCCUGAGAGACAAUACCACGCUGAGCAGCAAGAUCAAAAAAUAUUCAGCCAGGUCCCGGGCAACCGUAGUGCCAAUGGAGCUUCCAAUGAAAAAUAGGAGCUUCAGUUUGACCUCCCACCAGCUGAGGGCUUUAACCCAGCUGGCCUGCACCCUGCUGGGGUUUGAGAGGAUUGUGAAGGAGCUGGUCACUAACAUGACCUUCAUUGAUUGUGCAGGAGAGACUCCCUGUGUAAAAGGCAUCUUGAAAAAGAGUAGAGAGGAUUCAGACACGACAACUGAUGGCAAAAAAUCCACAGCAGAAACAUUUUCCCACACACCAGAGGCACAGGUUUUGGAGUUUGAGUGGAGAUCAGCAUAUAGAGGGCUGGUCCCUCACAUGGCACAUUGUGUUAAAGUGGUGCUGGAUGAUGUUUGUGCCAAGAGUCUACAGCAGGAAGAGGCCUUACAUUCUGCAGGACACACCUCUGUCACCCUGAGCCACACUACUGGACACACCACCAUCACUGCCGGCAACACAUAUCUCAGAGAAGAUUCCUUCUACACCUACUCAGAGAGGGAGACUCCCAAAAUGAUAGCCAAGUUCUGUGGAGCAAUCAUGACUGAGCUGGAUUCUUUACUACCCUUGGCUGCAGCGUGCAGGGACAGCUCUCUCCUGGAGGUGCGAUCCAGCUUUGUGGAGGCGUGUGGCAGGGCAGCGUUUGCCAUGCUGGACCGUUUGCAGAAUAGGGCCCUGGAGGUACCAUCCUCUGCACCCAUGACGAACCUGCCUGCUCUGCUGGCCACUUGCAUUUAUGUGCACCAACGACUGGAGCACUAUCAUGCCAGGCUGAAAGAUUCAAAUUUUACUGCAGUUAAAGUGCCCCUGACCCUGCUGCCAAUGCAGAAGUACCAAGACACUGUGCAGGCCUUGAGAGACCAGCUGACUAGCUAUUGUGUCCAGGUUUGUUCCACCUGCAUUCUUCAAGACGCUGAGAGUCACCACUGGGCUGACCCCAAACCCUUCUACGAGGGUGAGCGCUGUUCCUUCUCUGUGCAGAUGUGGUUCUACUUCUUGUGUGGGCUCCGUAGCGACCUGUGGGCGGUCCUUCCGGCAGAGUUGGCCAAGGAGUUGCUUGGCCAGGUGCUGUCAGAGACUUUACAGCUGUUGGUGCAAAGAUAUGCUAGGGCUCGUCCUUCAUACAAGAGACACCUGCAAAUCAGGUGUGACAUUACGGCUGUGUUGCUCUAUGUGGAGCAGCUUAUGUGGAGUGUGUGUGAACGUCCUGAGGCCUUGGUGCACUCCAGUCCUUCCUCAGCCAUUGCCAUAAUAGCGGGCAGAUCAGACUGGCCAUACCAAAUCCACAGCCUGUGUGAGCAACUCCUGACAGUCCUCGUCAUUGCCACAGCACCCCUGUCUUUACUGUGUAGGAUAUGUAUGAUUAAUCCUGCGAAAGAGACCGCGCCACAGCAGCCUGACAGCCCCGUUGUCCGCUGGCUAAAUGCUAUUGACCCUGACCUCUUCACAGAGCAGGCCAUGAGAGAUGGCCUUAUGGGCCAGACGGCCUCUAUAUGUCAGCUGAGGCUGCUGACCUCUGACCCAGGACACAAUCCCAGGUUGCUACUGCGAAUGCUGCUGUACAGAGACUGUUACCUGCCCAGAAUGCUCCUGGAAAACUCUCAUUAUUGCCAGGAGAACUGCUUAGAAAUGUCUACAGAGAGCUACAAGGCAGGAGAUGACUUUAUCGUCGCAUUGUUCAAACUUUUCAGUUGCCUGAAUACUGUUCCCAAGGCCUUGACUCAGGUCCUUCAACCAUACCUGGAAAGGGCACACAUAUGGGAACAUCUCUACACAUUGGCAGACACAACGCAGACAGUACCUGUAGUGAUCACCUGUGUCCGGGCGAUAGUCACCAUGUCUACCAACAGCCUCCUGGUACACCUGGUCUCCAUGGUGAUGGGUUGGCAGGCCACAGAGCAGCCUGGGGGAGACUUGAUCAAGCGGAAUGUACCAGAGAGUGUCCUGGCCAAAAUUCCCAAGGAAUGGAACUACAUACCACCGGAAACACAAGGAAAGGAGACUUCCACUAAGACUGUCAUACCCUUCACUAUUCAAGCCUUGUCCUUCAUUUUCACCAAUCUGCCCUUGGCCGUAGCAUCCAUACCUCUCCCCAUACGCUUCCUCUUCCAAGUGGCAGAGAAGCACCUCUCCCAGCACACCCGGCAGCUGCGCUUAGUGGGCCUUUUACUCUGGGCCCUCAUAGGCUGUUUGAUCCAGAGCCUGGAGGACCCACACACACUAGAACAGAUCAGCGGUGUGGCCUUGGGCCGUGGGGCGAAGGACCCCUUGUCCCUUCUGGCUGAGUGCCUUCAGGCUACCAUCGGAAUUCAACAGAAGGGUAUUCCCAAACCCACAGUGCACAAAGUGCUGCAGGCUCUGGAGGAAAAAAGACCCAAGUGGACAAACUUGCAGCUGCAGAAGGCACGCAAGCUCUGCUCAGACAGUGUAUUUGAGCGAGGAAGAGAGAGCGGAGUCGCUGCGGCUGAACUGACUGAGCAGAAAAUAGGCCUGAUGCUGCUGGAGGUCUGCCACAAAGCAGGUGGCAGCGACUACCUGAGGCAGAUCUAUCACAUCAUCCAAGGCAAUGAGGAACUAUUGAUGUUCAAACUAAGUCGAAGUACAAACUCGCCCAAUAAUCCUCCUCACUUGGUGAACUUUGACCUCGGCUCUGAGAGUCACGUUGACUCUGUCGGCUUCAACCCUCUGCACCAAUUUGACCACAUUGGCAAGAAGAAGCUGGAUCAGAGUGCCGUGGUCGACUGGGCAUGGGACUGGCCAAGGCUGCUGCCAGCUUAUCAGGGCAUGAGUCAGGUCACCUUCAAAACUCUGCUGGCCAACAGGGAAGACGGAUUGCCUCUGCUGAGAUUUUUUGAUCCCAGAGACCUGCAGGCACACUGGAGCCGUCAACAGGUGGGAGAUGCAGGAGGGUGCAGAGCUGGAAGAUGGAGAGAAAUCUAUGGUAGAGGAACUUCAGAAAGCCUAUUUUGUUUGCUGCUGCAGCCCGGGACAGCAGGACCCUCCUGAAGCUGAUGAGACACUGGCAGAGGAGACCCAGGGGGAAACACGUCCAGCCGAUAAAAGUGCUGCCCAAUAACAGUCCACGCAGUUGGAAUUUUUAUCACGUUGUAAAUGUUUGCUUGUAAUACUCACUUGCAUCUCUCAAGGUAGUAGGUAUAGUGUGUGUGUGUGUGUGGGUGUGUGUGGGUGUGUAACUGGGUUUGUUCAUGCACUUUAUGCAGUGAGUUUGCAUAUGUGUGAAAACAUGAGUGAGAGAGCGGACAAGAAACUGAGUGAACAACAAAAAGAGUGAGGAAGACGGUGCCUCCCUCUUUAUGCACACACCUCAGACAAACUCUCUGUGCUUUUCUAUGCUGCAUCAGACGCAUUUCAUCUUUUUGGAGCACAUCUCCAGAAAUCAGUUCUGGGAAAUGGAGAGCCUGGAUUUGUUUGCCUGGGACAAGAUGGGACUGUGUGAUCACUGUUGGUAGUUGAAGUUUUUUUUUUUUGAGACAGUGAGUGUAAAGACAUUGGUGUCAGCAUACUUUCUCCUCAUUCCUGAAAGCAAACAUCAAAUAUUACGGUUGGGAGGCAAGAUGAUGUAUGUUUUGAUUACAGUGUGUCCCAAAAAUCUGCCCCACUAUGUAGCAUCAGUCAGUAUUUUGUGCAAACUGAAAAAACAUUUAUUUUAUGUGUAAUACGAUUGCUCAGUAUAUUUUUCCAAGUUUGUCGAUAUUUUGUUAUUUAUGAAAUGGAGAAUUAAACAUGAAAAUAAAAUCAUAUUCUUACUUCA